AUGGAAGGCGCCAGGGGAAGAUGGGCUUCCUGCUUGGGUUUGGAAGCAAGUCUGGCCCGUGGUCAGACACUGGGUAUUAGCCAUUUUUCGGAAUUCCGUCGAACAAGGCCAAGUGCCAAGUCAGUGGCGACAUGCCAAGAUUAUUCCGCUGAAGAAACCAGACAAAGCCGACUACACCAUUGCAAAGGCAUGGAGACCUAUAUCUUUGUUGUCUACGCUUGGGAAGUUGCUUGA